AUGAACUGGAUCAAGCAACAGGUAGCAAAUGUCGCAGGGACGCAAGAGCCUAUAUAUGGCCCCUCUGCUAUUCAAUCUGUCGCCAAACAAGCAGAAAAGGUACCAUGGACGGAACUCGAAAAGAAAGAUCUCAAGUGGCGGGCCAUGACCUCAACUUGUGUCGAAACACAGACGUUCUAUUUCAAUUCAGAGAGUGGAUAUAUUGGCAUGGCACAGGUCAUCUACAGUAAUGUCAUUGGUCUACAUACCACCUGCCAAUUCAAUACCAAAAUAUUUUACCCUGACCAGCAAAAAUCGCCACUUUGGUGUUCCGAUGCGCUGGAUCAGGCUGACUUCGACGCCGAAAAACUUUGCUUUCACGCCGACGGCUGCGCUAUAACUCUGAACGACGCCGGUGACUCGUAUACAAUCAAGUCCGUUGUCAAUGAAGAAUGCAUAGUCAAUGUAACGGUGACGAGAUCUGCGCCAGGCUUUCAAGUUGGCAAUAACGGCACAAGUUUCUUUGGGCCUGAUCCCAACGAGCCAUGGGGAAGUAUGAGACAUGUAUUCUGGCCUAGAUGUAGAGUCGGAGGUACAUUCAUCACAAAAGGUGGGGAAAUCGAUUUCGGAGGACGUGGUCUCUUCGUCCAUGCGCUUCAAGGGAUGAAGCCGCACCAUGCCGCUGCAAAAUGGGACUUCAUAGACUUUCAGACCUCUUCAUUCUCUGCUGUCAUGAUGCAGUACACAACGCCUCCGUCAUAUGGCUCAACCACAGUCAAUGUUGGAGGUAUCGCCACAGAUGGAAAGAUACUGUUUGCAGGAGCAAGUAACACUGCAAACCACACAAAAGCAAAGCCAGACUUAGAAAACGAGUGGCCUGAGCCAGAGGAAGUCAAAUUUGAAUGGAAAGGUGUCACAAAAGGCGGUGAGGACAUGAAAGCCACGAUAGAAGGAAGCUUGGGGAAUCGGUUGGACCGAGUAGAUGUUAUGGCGAAGGUACCUGGAUUCAUCAAGACAAUCGUUGGUGGAACCGUGGGUACAAAACCAUAUAUCUACCAAUAUUCACCGCAACAGAGAUUAUCAAUCAAAUUGGACGUUAAUGGCAAGGAGAGGGUUGAAGAGGGAACUCUUUUCUCUGAGGCAACGUUCAUUACAUGA